AUGGAGUUGGCUCCCGCUGCUGUGCUCAACACCGCUGAACCAACCAGCUUCGUUUCCAAUGUAGACAGGAGCGGCACGCUUCCGGCAAAUCUCCGGGGUGCGUCUCUGUUGGACUCUUUCUUCUUCCCCUCAAGAAAAGCGAAGCGUGAUUCAUCCGAUUAUGGUGUCGCGCAGGAGUCACCAGUGCGAACGGCGCAGACACAAGAGGGAGCAGUUUCGUCUUUUAUCGUUCCACUACACCGUCAAUCAGGGUCACAGGCAGAAAAAUCAUCAGUGAACGCGUCCGUGUGGCAGGUGAUAGGUAGGAGUCUAUUUGGACUUUUUUCAGGCAGAAAUGCAAUUUCUUCUGUCGCGGCACCCCUGCCGCCACCACGUCAAAACGAGGCCGAACCAACCCGUCGAUUAUGUGUGUCGUCACGGCGUUUAUCCAGCGAUCGUCCGCCAUGUAAGGUUGCCACUGAAAUACCGGACGAUUCGACAGGAGACUCCGGAGGUUCGAUAGGCAAACCGAGCUCAGGAGAGUAUCGACUGCCAACUAUCCCACUAGCGCAAGCAGUUGCUAAUGCGUGGCCACACUCUACUCCUGCAGCACCGUUCCAGCCACGAUCUCGUUUUGGUCCUGAGCAAUUCGCUAUUUCGGAUGUCUCAGGCACACUUGUUAAUACAAGCUGGCUUGGUGCCUCUGCAGGGGAGACUAUCGGUGAUUCAAUUGCUUUAAGGCGUGACCUAUCAUUUCCACUGUCUAGUCGUCAACUGCGAGAACGUGGCCUUGCUUCUCAAGAUUCCUCACUUUCAAGCACUCCAAAAUUGUCCCUGCAACACGACCACUUUGCAAAGACUCUGGUAAAACGAAGAGCGCUGUCUGCAACGAACUCCACAGAACGCAGCGGCAAACCAGUUCGUUGCUUUACUGAAACCAGCGUGAGGUUAGGUGCACCUACUCAACCGGUAAUGGAGGAAAUGCCUUUGGGAGAAGGAGAGGUAAAUCUGGUCUCCGAACACGACGAUUAUGCAGAAUCCACCAGUCAUCUGGAUACGGUGAAUGGGAGAGAAAGAGGAGAGGAAAGGCAUUACGCGGAGACGGAGGCGACAGACGAGUUCAAAUCCGCAAUGCACCACGUGACGUCGCCCGGUGGGGUAGCCCGCAACGAAAAAGGUGGUGUGGAAGAUCAGCCGGUGGUUACCACACAAGACAACAGGGAAAGGACAGCGUCCCCCUCAAUUGUUCUUGCGUAUGGUGAACAACCUCGCGUAUGCAUCAUCGCCUCUUCCAGAUUCGAGCCCGAGCUGCGGGUGAGAAGGAGUUCGGCUCCUUCGGUGCAGAUUUAUACGGAUCUGUCCAUGGAGAUUCGUCAAUGCUUCCACAAACCGGACAGGGUGGUCCCGAACACAGUGCCAUGGACACCAGCUUGGCUUCGGGAAGGAAGUGGUCUGAAGUCGUCAACAUUGGAGGAUAUCAUUGAGGAAAAAGCGGAACCGCGAGAGCAAGUACGGGGACCGACACCAAAGACACUUGAUGGUGGUGGGGUGCCUUACGGCAACACGGACACACGUCAGUGGUUAUGGGACACACAGCAGCCUACUAUUCUACUACAUGCGCAAACAGAAGUUAGUGGGCCGACUGGAUGGGCGAAGGAUAGCGGGCGACACGGUCGACAAUACCGCCCGUUUGUUGUAGUCGACGUGACAUCUGAAUGGUGGCCCCUAGUGCAGCUUCAGUACAUGCAAGCAGAAGGUUCAGAAGGCGAAGAGAAGAAAGCUCAAGCGGAGCAUGGCUGUAAUACAGUUCUAGAUGGACAGUCCAUUGCAGGUCCUGGCAUUUGUAUAUGGAGCCCAGAUAAGCCAGGUUGCGUUGAUAACCGAUUCUGAGUGCUGGCACGCCGUUGAAGAAUCCAGGUUCACGUUAUUUUAUACAGUCAACGCGAUGUGCCGCUGAACCACGAGCGAAGUGCAACCAGUGCAGAUGCGGUUUAGCCUUCUGUCUUUCAUCGGAUGUGGCGAGGAGAUAACUAAAUGUACAUUACAUGCUUUGUGUCGUGGACCCGUUAAAUCAAGGCCAUGCCCACAACGCCAGUGCACUGGAACUAUGGCAGAACCCGGAAGCGUGAAUGUGCGGAACGUCAUGGGCAGCACCACCCUCAACCCUGUGGUACGCCCACUGAUCUGUCUGGCAUCUGCGUCGUUCCCUACAAAAGUAUAGCAGGCAAUAAGUUCUUCAUUCUUGUAGGAAACUCACAACAGCAGGCUGUGUGC